AUGCACACCACGGCCGCUCAGGUCGCGAACCCCAACGACAACAACAAGCUUGUUGGCUUCAACAAACAGCCCAGCCCGGCCAUUGAGGCCGGGACGGCCCACCAAAGGCUCCAGGCCGAUGACGAUGACCAGCCAGAGCAGUACCUUCCCCGGCUCGACCAAAUCCCCGUCGAAGUGCUCUCGCUCAUUGCCUCCCUCGUCGCCCCUCCCUUCUACCUCCCUCCUCCCCCUGACGAGCCCUUGCCCACUCCCCAGGCCCAUGUCAUCGCCUCCCUCGACCCUUCCCCUCCUGCCGUCAAAACCGUAUCCCAGGCACUGUCCGCCACCACCAAGACUUGUUCGCACGUGCUCGAUGCAGCACGCCCGUGGCUGUGGGAAGAUGUUGACGUGCGCUCUGGUCGAGGGUGGCUAGCAGUCGUUGACGCACUCACCGAGGAAGUCGUCGAGGAGAGCAAGGAUGACGUCGAGAUGGCGGUCGUCUCGCUCGAGAGCAGCAUUGACGGUGGCAACCUGAGCCGCGUCGCUAGCGUAACCGGCAGCGACGAGCACUCGCCAAUGCCCGAGCGCAUGCGCGAGGGCGCCCAGCCGGUGGCUGGCCCGAGCAACUACGCGGGCGCAUACACCAGCUCGCCCAUCGACUCGAUGAACCCUGUCGAGCUGCCCCUGCCGGUCAGUGUCCCGGUCGGCACGGGCCACGGACGUAGUGUGGUAGGGCGCACUGUCACUAUCAACACGACAGUUGCCCAGAACUACUUCCGCCCCAACGAGCCGAGCUCGAGCAAGUCGCCUGGCAUGCGCUACGACAUGGACACCAGCCCGCCGCCCCAGCCGCAUCGUCUGCACAUGCUCCUUACGCCUCCCGGCUCGCGCACCACCUCCCCUGCCGGUGUGGCGUACAGCGCGCACCUGCGUGGGCGCUCGCGCUCGCCCCGCCGCCAGUUGAGCUUGUGGGACGCUGAGGGCAUCAGCUCGGUUCUGCAACGCUCGAUGAGCCUGUCACUCCCCAAUGGCACCCGCCCAUUUAUGCGCAACAGCUCACUGAGCCACUCGCGCGUCGUGCACGAGGCCGACUCGGACGACGACUCGGACGACUCUGAGCCCAACGACCACUCGGAGUCGCUCCGCACGGCUAUGCGGACCCCACCGCCGGAGGAGGAGGUAGCUCCACUCACUCCGGAGCCGGAGGAGGACUUGGCGGCAAAUGCCAAUCCUGAGCUCUUGCCGCCUCCUGGGCCUUACAUUCGCCACCUCUCGUUCACCAACUUCCGCACCAUCGGCAGUCGCCGCUCGCAACAGGAGGCUGUGCGUGGGCGUUUCGUCACUGCUGGGCGUCUCGAGGGCGUCCUAAAGAACACGCCCAACCUCCGCUCGCUCUGCAUGACGGAGUAUGUCGACUCGUCUCUCUCGCCCAAUGUAGUUGAGGAGAUCUUCUUCCGCGGGUACAGCAAGCCGCGCAUUCUGCGUAACUUCUCGCGCUCUCCGGACCGUAAUCGCCGCGCGCGCGGCGAGUCCAUCUCGCAGCCGCAGCCGCAGUCUCAGUCGGACAACGACGAGCACGCGCUUGACCCCUUGCAAACCACCAUUGACGACCAGAUGGACCCACCGCGUCCGACGUAUGUGCCUUACGAGGUGGAGACGGACGAGGACAUGUGGAAGCGUCGCCAGCAGUUCACCCCGCUCGAGGCGCUCGACCUCACGGGCUGUGUGAGCUUCCGGUUCGCUGAGGCCAUCGAGGAGUUUGGGGACAACUGGCUCAAUCUCGGCCCUAAUGACGACGAAGGGCGUGGGCGCAGUCGGUCGCGCCGCUUCGUCACGGAGGCGACGGACGAUGACGACGAGACCGAGGUGGCCAACCGCGCAGCCCACCGCCCGCUCUUCACGGCACUGCGCCGCCUCUCACUGCGUGCGUGCACCAACCUUCCCUCUCAGUUCAUCACGCACCUCAUUCUCGCAACACCAAACCUCACUCAUCUCGACCUGUCGGGCACGCGCGUCUCGGACAACCUGCUCAGCGCGCUCACCCAACACCCUCCACCCGGCAUGCAACUGCAGUCGCUCUCGCUGGCUCGGUGCGCACGCCUUGACCCCAGCUGUGUGGUCGACUUCCUCGUCGAGUCGCCUGCUGCGCGCAAUAUUGUCGACCUGAACCUGUUCGUCAACCCGACGCAGGGUAACGCCAUUGGAUCCUACGACCUGAAGCGCCUCCUCACAUCUGCACCGUGCAUCAAAUCAGGCAUGCUACGCUACCUCGACCUGUCGUCGGCGGCGUUUACGGCGGAGCACCUCUCGCCCGAGGUGUUCCCUCCGCAGCCGAGCCUCGUGACGCUUGGCCUCAGCCACGUCGCGACUCUCCCGCUCAAGGAGAUUCAGCUGUUCCUCGCGAGAUCGGCGCCGGGCGUCGAAGUGAUCACGCUGACUGGCUCGUCUAUCAUGGACCUGCGGCCCGACGCGUCGGCUCUACAGAUCACGCUGUCGCUGCACGCGCUCCUCAUCAACCCGCUUACGACCGUGCCGUUCUCGUUUAGCAGCAUCAACAUGUCGGGCAACUUCACCAAGGCAGACCUCACGGCUGGCCCGACGCGUCUGCGCGUCGUCGAGCUGUCGAGCUCGAUCCGUCGUUCGCUGGACCCCUCACAGGGCUCUGGUCGCACAGAGUGGCAAGUCGUCAAGUCGAAGGGUGGCCGCGGAUGGUACGUCGACGUCUCGGCCGGCUGGAUUCCGAGCAGCACGGUCGACGAGUGGGGCUACGUCCAGAAGGGGCCGGCAAUUGUCGGCGACGGACUUGGCGCGCUCUCGUUUGUGCGCCACCUGCCCGCCAACCAUCCGCGCCGGCGCUACCUCACUCAACUUGCCGAGGCAAACGGCCGCGUGCGCUCUGAUGUAGGCUGGCACUCGCGCAAGAUGGAGGUCGUGCGUGGUGAGGGUAUGAUGGGCCGCGAAGAGGGGAUGGGCGGCGUAGGGGCGUUCGCGUUCGAGGAGUAA